CUCAGCACUUUAGGCCAAGGUCUUAAUUUCUAUUCCUGAAUAAAAGAAGGAGUAUUUUUGAAUAAGCAAACACUUCGCCACCAGUCAUCACAGAAGCUUUUACCACGGUCGUCUUCUCCCUGUAUACCCCUGGCAAAACCCUGAACUCACUGGACUGCAUUUAAUCAUGAAGAUCUUUCUCUUACUCGUAGCUGUCACGCUUGUUUCAGGCAAGCAAAUCGGUACAAGCAACAUACUGCAAUUUAACUCCAUGAAUGCGUGUUCUGUGGGAAUAAGCUACUCCCAGGCGAUUAGUGACUACCUUGGCUACGGUUGUUAUUGUGGAUUCGGCGGAAGUGGAACUCCAGUAGAUGAGACGGACAAGUGUUGCGAGACUCAUGACAACUGCUACAAGGCGGCAACGUCCAACGGUUGCAGUAUGAUUGACAGAUAUACCAUCGAAUAUGACUACCAAACUAUAACAGGCUCUGAUGGAAAAUGUCAGAUUACAUGCAAAGCACAAGCAGACUACGACGCAAAUGACCAGGACGCACAAUGCAAAGCUUUCAUGUGUAACUGUGACCGCGAAGGAGCAGAAUGCUUCGCUAAGAAAAGGCCAACCUUCAAUCCAAAAUAUAUCGGUUGGUCCAAUCUCUUCUGUUGGUGGUAGACUCACUUCAGAACUUGGAAACCUCUCAAAAUAAUCUUUAAUCAAGACUUGCAAUCUUUCUGUAUAAAAUGAUGGUCAUUAGAAUAGGCAUAUAGCUGGGUUAAAACGGGUGGACGAGGGUGAACAUUUGUGAAGAAAGUGAAACUCUUCUUUAGAGCUUAAAUUAUUCUGAAAAAAUCUAAAAAUUGGAUAAGCAUUCUGUUUGAUAUUAAUUAGUACCUCCAAAUCCUCUUCUGUGAUUAAAAAAGUGUAAACAAUAAAUUGUGAGUUAAUGUGUGAAAAGUACAGGUUCGUACAUAGGCCAACUUUUCAACUCACGCAAAUAAACCUCUGAACACAAAGCCCACCAUGUUGAGUUAAAAGGAAAAUGCCUUCUCAAUGUUUGCAGCGUGCAGCUUUAAGAUGGCUCUUUCGGAUUGGAAUAAUAACACUUUUACUUUUCUGAUUUUGUCGUGAAAUAAAACGAUAAAAAGUUGUGCUCAUCUGCAAAACAGUUUCUGUAAAUUCUAUUUCAAAUAGGCCAACAGUUGUGACACAUCCGUGGGCAAGUUUUUAAGAAAACACACUGGUCACUUUGUUUUACUUAUGAAAUUGUUAAUCACGGUUAAUUUCGUUGUAGUAUCAAAAUAUUUCAUGAGAGAAUUGUCGCUGUUUUAUCAACAGAAGGACAGAUCGAAUACAAAUAUCUGAAGCCAGAAAGAGAGGCGCUACUUUAGCGUCCUAAUCCACCUUGUUGGUCAAAGACAGCAUUUGAAUGGGGUGGGGAGGG